AUGUCAGUAACAUGUAUUGUGCUGGUCGCUAGUGGAGCUCAUUCCAUCACCAUCGGUCUUGAUGCGUUACCAGAACGAGUGAACAAAUCCGCAUCAAGUGUCGAAAGUUACGUAGAACAGUUGGAAAACCAGUUCAAAUGUCAGUUCGACUAUGAAGUGAACAACAUCAGUGACUACAUUGAGGGGGCCGCGAAGCAGAUUCGAAAAGAUGUGGACGCCUUAAGCAAUACAUUCCGCGACUUUGAAAAGGCUACAGCGAACUUGGACGAGAGAGAUUUAAACACCAAGCUCACCUCAUUGAUCCACGGUGGAAAAGCUGAUUCAGGCAAAGUCGUAACUCUGGUGAGUCAUGAUUUCUAA